CAUAAUCCCUCAACGCCGCCGGGAUCCUGAAAACGAGACCCCUUUGCACUUCAAAACGAGCCGCGGACUUCCUAGUUGUCACACUUGCUAAGAUUUAAGCAACUAAAGCCGUUCCUGUGUCACGAUGGCGUUGGGUAGAUGGACUUUCCCGACUAGCAGAAAACAGUCCACGGCCAGUUCUGGUACCAACAGGACGACGAAUGGCUCAACAACACCAACCGACAGCGAAACCCAGGAGUCGACCAAGAGUCCAUCCCGCAUACUAAAAACCUUUACUGGGGGAUUUAUAUCACACAAAUCCAAAAAAUCAGUUGACCGUGAUGAGUUGGCUCAUCUAAACAGGCCGUUCAACCAACAAAACCUAGAACACCAGAAGAUACUGAACGCUUUCGAAUGGAACUUUGGGAGGCGAAAAACGAGUCAUAGCGGUCGAAGUAUCGCGAGCGGUAUUAGCCCGAGUACUUCGAGGAAUAAUAGUGUCGACCGCGGUCAUUCGUCUCACUAUGACCCAACAGAGCCACACCCUCGGUUUGAUAGCAGCUUAGCUCGUCAGCCAACUCGGGAGGAUCCUCGAGAAGAGUCGGAGAAAUAGCAAGCGAAUGCGUGUUAUUGGCCCUCUUGCGGCAUUUUGAGGCCGUUUAAUUCAACGGGACACGACUGGACGAAUGUAAUAUGAUACCUCAGGAGUUCACUUUGUUGAUUGGCGUUCGAUGGCAAAUACACGGAAUAGGGUGGCAUAUUUAUUAGCGGGUUGGGAAAAGAUCAUCUAAUUAAUCUUCCGGGCGAAACACUUGAUGGUGUAGAAUAAAUACCUAAAUAGUAAAGGCCUCAGAAUUUUCAGUGUAAAUUGAUAACUCAUUGGAGAGAUCCUCAUAGACUGUGUAAGAUUGUUCAUCACUGGCCAUACACGGUGUGUAUCAAAGAUAAAUAUCACUGGAUAUUAUCUUACUUCAAGUUUCCAACGCUAUUUAAUACUUACCAUGAAGCUUA